GCCCACUGCGCAUGCGCUGCUCUGUCACAACGCGCACCAGUGCUGCUGCUGCUAAUCUACAGUGUGCUGAGGGAUAGUCGCUGUCGAGGUUGAUCACAUUGAUAAUGUUUUGCUGAAACUGGUGGCAUAUUUCUGAUCUCCGGUCCAGGACGCAGAAUCAUGCUGCGCGUGUGUUGGAAAGGGGCGCGUGCAGCGGCGCGGUGUGGGAAAGCGUCGGCCCAGCCGUUACAGCACUGCCGCAGAUACACCACAGCCGGACACUCCGGGUCUUCUGCGGGGAAGGUCGUGGCCGCCGGUCUGCUGACGGUGGGUGGCGGUGUUGGCGGGACGAUCCUCUAUGCCAAAUGGGAUCCGAAGUUUCGUGCAAACAUAGAGAAGAGCGUCCCGUACUCUGAUCAGGUGUUCGAGAUGGCGCUCGGGCGGCCCGCGCCUCCACCCGCUCCUGUGCUGAAGAAACCGGGGAAGAUCGAACCCCUGCAGAUCUCCUCCGUAUCCGAAGCGCUGAAGGAGUCCAAGCAGCCGAAAGCUAAAGCUGAUCCGACACCUGUAAAAGCAGCGGCGCUGGCAGAAGAAGCUCCGGCUCCGGCACAGACACUCCAGGAAGCCUCAGCAGAGGCCGCUCACAUAAUCUCUGCUAUCAGCGAUGUGCCCUCUAUGCCCGCGCCGGGUACGAGUGACGAAAGCCCCGCGCCGGCAGCUGAAGAGUGUCAUCAUGAGCCUGAGCUGAAGGAGAGACCGGCGGAGGAGGUGAGCGCUCGACUCGAGGAACAGGACCAAGCGGAGCAGCGCGUGCUGACAGCUCUGACGGCGGGGCUGGAGGAGUCUCUGGGCAGCUCUGCUAAGGUCACCCUACAGGCCAUCGGAGCGCAGGAGGCGGCACUCGCUGCCAUCACGGCACACACUGACCAGCUCAGAGAAGCCAUGGACUCACAGACUCCUCCAGAUGAGAAGUCAGCGCAGUGGAAAGCUCUGACUGAAGCUCUGAGCGAAAGAACCAGAGCUGUGGACGAGGCUGGAGACGCCCUGCUGAAAGCCAAAGGAGAGCUUGAGAAGCUUCGUGAAGUGAUCAAUAGCGCAAAGCAAAGCAAGCUGGAGUCGGCGAGACCUCAGAUCCUGGCGGCCGAGGAGAACCUGCACAGCAUGAUCGUGGAUCUGGACCGAGUCGUCACCAAGGUGCAGACGGCGCAGUCCGAGGCGAAGGUCGUGUCUCAGUACAGUGAGCUGGUGAACGAAGCCAAAGCUCAGUUCCAGCAGGAGCUCGCCAACAUCACGCCUGAGAUCCAGGCAAACUGGAAGGGACUCGCAGGGAAGCUGAGCGCUGAUGACCUGAACUCCCUAAUCGCUCAUGCGCACCGGCGUAUUGACCAGCUGAACCGCGAGCUAGCGGAGCAGCGCGUGCGCGAGCAGAUCCACAUCGAGGCGGCGCUGGAGCAGCAGAAGCUGGAGGACCAGAAAGCGCUGGAGCGAGCCGUAGCGUCGGCACUCGAGCACAGCCGAGAGGACAUCCGGAUCCAGCAGGAGAAGAAGCUCCAGGAGGUGCGUGAGGUGCUGGAGGCGGAGAUGAGGACUCAGCUAAGGCGUCAGGCAGCGGCUCACACUGAUCACCUGAGGGACGUGCUGAAGGUUCAGGAGCAGGAGCUGCGCCAGGAGGCUCAAGAGGUCCUGAGCAGUAAGAUGAUGGAGCAGGAGACUCAUUACCGCAGACUGACCCAGGAACAGCUGGACACCUUCACGCUGGACAUGAACGCGGCGUACGCCCGACUCAAGGGCAUCGAGGAGGCCAUCGACAGUCAUGUGACUGCUGAGGAAGAGGCCCGCAAGGCUCACCAGCUGUGGCUCUCCGUAGAGGCUCUGAACUACACGCUGAGGUCCGCCGGUGCCGACUCCCCCACCGAGCCUCUAGAGGGCGCUGUGCUCGCCAUCAAAGAAACCUGCGCGCAAAACGAGUUCGCCCAGGCGUUAGCCACCGCUAUUCCCGAAGAGUCUCUGAGCCGAGGCGUCUACAGCGAAGCUAGCCUCCGCGCGCGCUUCUACGACAUCCGCCGGCUCGCGCGCCGCGUGGCGCUCAUCGACGAGACCCGCAACAGUCUUUACCAGUACUUCCUGUCCUACCUGCAGUCCGUCCUUCUGUUCGAGAGGGUGGAAGAAGCGCCGCCGGCGAAACUAGCGGGCGAAGAUCUCGACACGUUCAAGCUGCUCGCCUACGCCACGUACAGCAUCGAGCGCGGAGACCUGGAACUAGCCGCCAAGUUCAUCAACCAGCUACGCGGCGAGUCGCAGCGCGUGGCGCAGGACUGGCUCAAAGAAGCCCGGCUCACUUUAGAAACCAAGCAGGUGGUCAGCCUGCUCUCGGCGUAUGCUAAUGCCGUGGGGUUGGGCACCACGCAGGCGCCUUAGCCACACCCACGUGACCUUAGCCACACCCACAUGAUCUACAUCACCCAUUGGCCACACCCACAUAUCCCUUAGCCACACCCACUCUGUGGAGAUUAUGUAAAUUACGAGGUCUGUCAUUUGCCCACUGUUAACGGAGCCUUCUGCUCAGCUGAUUAAUUUAUUAAUAGUUUCGUGUGCUAUCCAGAAAUCUGUCCGAAUUACGUUUGCAGGAAGUGUUUGCCCUUUAAACAGUUCUCAAGUGGCUCCUAUACGCGUAGAAACGCAUCUCCAGGUUUUGUUGAUCUCGACAGUGGCGGCACUCGGUGUAUAUGCCGCGCAUCUCACGGAUGCUAACCUGUUCACGGUGCACGUGUAACGCUACAGUUUCAAAGUUAUAUAUUUACUGGUUGUUUAUUAACGCAGACUGUUGAGAAUAAUCAGUGCUCUUCUCAUUCAGGAUUGGAGAUCAAUAAAUCACGUUUGUUGACAAGAA